AUGCUUCGUAAAGAGAAAGUCGCCCUUCAGUGCCACUUAUACUGCCAUGAGCAGCUUUAUUCCUCUAAAGCUAAGAUUGACAUCCACUGGGAUCACUUUGGCUUUCCAUAUGGGACAGCUGACAUCUUGUGUCCCCUCCCUUCAGGCUGUGGGACACCAACCCGUGUAGCCAUCACCACAGGAGCCAUUAGGAACAAAGAUCAAACUGGGGUUAAGUUCCUGGAAGUUAGGAACCAAAAGGUGUUGACCAACUUUUCUUACACCUUCACCAGCUGUUUCUCCACCAUGUAUAACUUCACCAAUGUGCUUCAGCUGGUGCAGAGUCUAGAGCUGCUCCAGUACCUGGGGGUAAACAGAGUUGUUGUUUACAAGACAAACUGCAGCGCUGAUACGCAGCGUGUGUUGGACUACUACACUAAAAAAGGUUUAGUUGAGGUGAUUCCUUGGUCGUUGUCUAACUAUCUAACUGUAUCUCGAAAAGCUCUCCCUAAACAAGAUCCUGCUGACAUCCACUACUUUGGCCAGAUCCCUGCUCUCAAUGACUGCCUUUACAGAUACAUGUACCAGUCCAAAUAUGUAGCCCUCCAUGACCCUGAUGAGUACAUCUUGCCUCAGUCAGUCAACAGUUGGGUGGAGCUGUUGCCAAUCCUGGAGAAAAGAUAUGGAGCUGGCAAGUGUUAUAUAUUUGAAAAUAACUGGAUACCAGUUGAAUUCGCAUUGACACCUCCACCCCCGCACACCCUGCCACAACAGAAGCAGUGGCAGAACAUCUCAGGGGUGAACAUCCUGACUCACAUCUACAAUGAGCCCAUUGCACCCAAGCCUGCGUUUAACAACUACAAAAUCAUCACCAACCCUCGAGCUGUGUUUGCUGUUAGUGUCCACGGAGUUCUUAAACCAUGGAAAACCUGCACUUGGACAGACAGGAAGAUUGCCCGGAUGUAUCACAUCAAACUUCGAGGAAAAACAGAGCUAAAGCCCGAGCAGCUGAUUUAUGACAACAGACUUCUAAACUACAAUGCGCAGCUCUCAUCUGCUGUCAAUAUUGUGCUCAGAGACACUGGACUGCUAUCUGAGGACAAUUUAAACUAGACUCAGUGUCUUUCUGCUCUUUCAUUGUUCCAUCAAACCCUUUCCUUCAUCCAUUACCAUCUGGGGUGGUUGGUGCCCCACUCCAGCAGUCUUUGGGGGAACAGUGGGGUACACCCUGGAGAAGAUGCCAUUCCUUUGCAGGGCAUUCACUGAAGUCAAGCACCAUAUUUUUCUGCCUAUUUUGGUUACACGAUUAUUAUGGUUUAAAUUAAACACUCAGCCUCAUAUUUUUAUUGAAUUAACGCAGUGCAGAUAAAUCAACAUAAGCAUUAAUGUUAAAUAUGAAGCAAUAGCACAAAAAUUGUGUUUCCUAUUGAUUUCUCUAACAGGUGCUAAACCUGUAAACAUGCAUUUACUUCACAUUUUAUA